AUGUUUGAUAUGCUGCCACUGAAUUCGCAUAAAGAUAUUGCUCCGAUCCCCGGUCAUGGGCCUCAUCAGGCUGAGGGAAAUCUCAUCCCCCCCCCCGCCCCAAAAAGGCAAGCACGACCUGUUCAGCCUGCCAAAAACGCAAAUCGAGAGUAUGUAUGUCCCGCGCGGAGAAGUGUCACCCCUGACUUUGACAAGUGUGUAGGAGGUGUACCCUGUGACCCUUGCCAAACAGCCAAGACGAAGUGCGAGAUCAAUACCGACAACGAUGGUCGCCGUAGGGUCACCUUCAAGCGCAGAAUUCAAUCGUUGGAAAAGGACCGCGACUUGCUUCUCCAACUCGUGGAAACUCUCCGCAAUGAUGACGCGAAAACAGUUCCGGGAGUUCUAAAUUUGAUUCGAAGUAACGCGCCAUUAAAGGAAAUCCGGCAAUACUUGGCUCAAGGCCCCGACUUCAAAGAGGCGAAUGAGCAGGCCCAAGAAAUGGCAAGAGCCAUUGAUAUUGCAUUAUGCGGCCUCUUCAGUCUAAAUUCGAAUGCUACUUUGAGCUUACAGAAGCCGUCAAUGAUCAAGAGACUUGAUUUUGAGCAUCUCCCGCAAUACCAUGAUUGGAGAGACACUUGGAUUCCUUAUCCUAGACAAGCCGAGCCACUGUCAGCCCACACCAAUUGUGUGAUGAAUGGCAUGUUCGACCUGGCCAUUAUCUUGAGGGACGUGUCUGAUUACCUUUUUCGGGAGGCGAAGCCCACUUGCACUGAUCUUACCAAAGUCGAUACAUUCUACCAACGCCUACAACAGUGGGCCCAAAACCUUGCAGAAUGCAUCAAACCUGUAAACAUCCCAUCGCCUGGUGCUAUAGAAAUGCAGUGA